AGUGACGAGCUGCCCAUCUGUCAUUGACGAGUGUAGUCCCUCACCCGCCAUCCUGAGGAAGGCACAGCAUAACACACUCCUAUAAAACCAAAACUAAGCCUUGAUGUCCUUCAAGAAGCGCUCCCGCACCGCCUUCGAAGCCGACGCCGCCAGUAAUGCCGGCCCACCCCCGCACGCCCCCUACGCCCUCUACGGCACCCCUCUCCCCGCCCCCCGCGACGCCGAUGCGCGCGACGACGGCACCUACCUCCCCAUCUGGAAGCAAGAAGUGACCGACGAGCGCGGGCGCAAACGUCUGCAUGGCGCCUUCACGGGCGGAUGGAGCGCGGGGUAUUUCAAUACGGUGGGGAGUAAGGAGGGUUGGACGCCGGCUACUUUCGUCUCGUCGCGGAGUAAGCGGGUGCACGAUGGGGAUGGAGGGCGGGGACAGACGCCGACGCCGACGCAGACGCGGGUGAAGGGUCAGAGGGUGGAGGAUUUCAUGGAUGAGGAGGAUUUGGCGGAGCGGGCGGAGGGGCAGAGGUUGGAGUUGGAGGGGAGCUUUGCCGGGUUGGGACGCGCUGCUGCUGGUGGUGGCGAUGGUGGUGAGAGAGGAGGGAUGUUUUCGGAUCUGUUCCGGACGUCGGGAGAUGAGACGAUGGGUGUCAAGCUGCUGCAACGCAUGGGCUGGCGGCCGGGACAGGGUGUCGGGCCGAAGGUGCGUCGGAAGGCGAAGGGGGAUGAGAAGGGCGAGGUGCAUCUGUUCGCGCCGGAAGAUUCACGAAUGGUGAGCUUUGAGCGGAAGACGGAUCGCAAGGGUUUGGGGUAUGCGGGAGAGGGCAGGCUCGAAGGUCAUGGUGGUGUCGCGAGUCAGGCGCACGAGGACGACGGUGACGAGCGGGAUGCGCGCAUUCUUGAAAUGAACCGUUCAAAGUUGCUGAAGAAGCCGGCGAAGACGAAGAAGACGGGCUUCGGUGUCGGCGUGCUUAAUGACACUGGUUCUGACGACGAGGACCCGUAUGCCAUUGGACCUCAGAUCAGCUACAACCGCGUCAUAGGCGGCGACAAAGGCAAGAACAAGAAGAAGGGUGGCCUCAUCGCAGGCAGUACCAAUCCUGCAACACCUGUGAAGCCGACCUUCACCUCCAAGAAACUCACCCAGCAAGUCGCGACCCUACCCGGCUUCCGCAAAUGCCAUGACGGACGCCUGCCUCUCGACGGCUUCGUCCUCUCCCUCGCGCCGCUGACCCUAUCAGACUCCCAUCCUCCGCCCGAAGUACCAUCCACCUGGACCAGUUCCAAACUCCAACCCGACUCCAAAAGUGCCGACACCUCCGCAAAUCCCUACAAAUCCACCACCGCCGUCGCCAAAACCUCAACCCUCACCCCCACCUCCCGCGCCACACUCCUAGGCGAACAACCCCUCCCCGGCAAAUCCGUCUUCGACUUCCUCUCCCCCGCCACCCGCGACCGCCUCGCCACCGCCAGCGGGAACUCCAACCUCCCACCCGCUCGCAGCGAAGGCGCCCCUGCAGGCUACACCCCCAACUCCGAAGACCAACGCCGCACCCUCUGGGACCUCAUCCCGCCCCUCGAGAAAUCCACCGCGGAAGCCGCGCUCAACCGGUGGAGUGACGCGGGCUGGAUGCCCUACGCCGAGGAUGAAGGGAAGAGGGCGCGGUAUCGCGCUUUCCUCUCCCUACGCGCGGGUCUGCAUGCAUCCCUGCCUGAGAGGGGAAAGGGGAUGAGUGUCGAGGACUGGGCGAGGGAACUGCGCGAGUUUGCGCAGGCGGCGGCGGUGUUCCGACCGAUUUCGGGACUUAUGGCCGCGAGGUUCACUACGUCUACUGGCACGGCACGGCUUGCUUCGGAUGCUGCAGAGGCUGGGAGUGGUAACGGACAGCGGGAAGGGGAGGGGAGCAGGGGAGAAGAUCCGGCGGAGGAGGCGGCGAGGGUGGGGAUGUAUGGGCCUUUGACUCGCGUGCGGCUGCCGUUUUACCCGACGAGGUUGCUUUGUAAGCGGUUUGGGGUUAAGCCGCCUGUCGAUACUCGUGUGGAUGGAGAUGGCAGUGAUGGUGGUGGUGGUAUUGGGAAAAGCAGGCUGGAUGUUGUUGUUAGUCAGGCGAGUUUGAACCGGAUGAUGGAGGCGAAAUGGAGUACGCCGGGUUUUGUCUCGGGUGGGGUGGAGGGGACGGAGAUGGGCGGAGAGCGGGAUGGGAGGGAGGCGGUGGGAGUGCAACAGUCAGUUGAAAUUGAUGCUGAGAAGAAUGAGGCGCUGGAGGGUCAGAGGGCGGGCGAGGCGGUUUUUAAGGCGAUCUUUGGGAGCGAUGAUGAGGAUGAGUAGGGGAAGAAUGCCGACGACCUCUUCAAUGAACAUUCCAACUUGUGUUUGAUCACAUUGCUGGGCAUGGUGACCGUGCCCAAGCAAGUUAGGAGCCCUUCGCGUAACAACGGAGGACACCUAUUAGCCGGCUACGGCAAAGACGAAGGCUCCUCGUAGGGUUGCAGACCAACCUUCCAGUCUACUUCCGAGCGCAUUGAUUCACGAGUCAAGUGGUUGAACCCACAAUGGUGCGUGAUUUGAAACGGGAUACGCUUUGUCCUUCUCAUACAUGUAUCCACCGCCCUAAAUGGUGCCUUAGGCGCAGAAGCGCCCGAGACGUAUCCGGACACUCCCGCCGGAAACAUGCCGCUCCCCGCCAAGACAUCGCAAAGGC